CACACUUAGGUUUCUUCGAACAUCUCAUUACAACAAGAACGAAGACGAAAAGCAAGACUUCGACGAUAGAGAUGAAGAAAAGCAACUCCGACACUCCAAAACCCUCGUCUUCAAGAAGGGGUCUACGAUCUAGAUCAAAGCACAAACAAAAAGCAGGUGUUGGGAUUGUAGACGAUGACUUCAUCAACCCACCAAAUAAUCCUGCCGGUGAGGAAACAUCAAUGCGUACAAGGGAUGAAGAAAAUGAACAGACCACAUUAAGGAUGAAGAAGAAAAGGAAGGUUGUGAAAAGAAAAUAUGUGAGCUACAACAGUGACGAUGACUACGUCGAACCACCAAAUAAUCCUGCCGGCGAGGAAACCUCAAAGCGUAGGAGGGAUGAAGAAAAUGAACAAACCACAAAAGAAAGGAAGAAGAUGAAAAAGAAAGAAUGGGUUAGACUAGCUGGUUUUGGAGGUCUUUUAAAUUUUGGAUUAAAGGAACUGCCUCAUAUGUUGGGGUACCAGAUUCUGCAAUCGUUUGACAGUGAAUCCGUUGCGCUUAAUCUUCCCAGAGGAUCAAUAAGUAUCACAGAGGAAGAUGUACAUCAAGUUAUGGGAUUACCUCUUGGCAUGAAGGUUAUACCAGACUCCAGUACUGGGAAGUCAUCAUUGGUAGAUGCUUGGAGGGAUCAAUUCAAAGACAGAUAUGGUUGGAAAAUUACUCCAGGGGCUGUGGCUGACAAACUGAAGCAGACUUCUGAUGUUAACCUUUUUUUCAAACUGAAUUUCUUGGUUCUCGUUCACAACAUCAUGAUCCAGUCGUUUAGCAAUCCGUAUGUCAACCAACGGAUUCUAGUACUUGGUGAAAAUGUUGAUCAGUGCUGUUCAUACAAUUGGUGUUCUUUUUUGAUUGACUCUAUGAUAGAAAGCCAACACAAGUGGAAGGUUGACCCGACAAAACAAUUCUACACUGGUCCUCUUGUAUUCUUGAUUCUGUUCUAUGCCGAUCGGGUUCUGUUCAAAGGGAGAAGAUUGGUUGAGAGAACAACCCCUACUUUUAUAGGCUGGACUGACUGGGCCUUGAAGGAAAGACAGUCAGAGGAAAUUAGUACAAAUUCAUUUGGCAAAGGUGCAAUUACAGAGAGGGUUGAACUUGCACCUUCAUCUCUUCCUACUGGAAACUCACCUAAAAGUGUUGAUACAAUUAGAAAGGAUUGUAUUGAUAGGGUUCAACGGAGAGCUGCAGAGUUGGAAUCUGCAAAAGAAAGAUAUGAUGCUGAGUGUGAGACAAUGAGAAAGCUGUUCCCCAAUGAUAAUGAGCUCUUGCAAAUUCAACAAAGAGUUUCAAAUGUUCUUGUGCAGGGGUGUGGACAUCGUGUAAGUACCUGUAACGAUGAAACAGCUGAGAGAAACAUUGUUGAUGAUACACCUAACAUGAACACAAAUGUGAGUAGAGAUAUGCAUGCUUCCCCUGCUGUUGAUCCAACAUCAGCUGAGAUACCACAAACCCAAGUCUCCCCAAAUUUUAUUCAAGAAGUUGAUAAGAUUAUAGAGACUGUUAGCAAGAAAAAGGAUGAAAGACCAGUGAAGCGGAAGCUCAGCGAAUGUGGUACCCCACAGACUGAAGAACCUAGUUUUUCUCUUGGCCUAACACAGGAUACUGAGAAUGAGACAGUGGAAAUGGUAGAUAUUGUUCAGGUUGCUAAACAAGUUGAAUCUGAAGUCACUGAUGACCCUGUAAAAAGAACUGAUAAACAAGUUGAAGAUGCUGCUGCAGUAGAUGAAUGUAAACAUAAGAAAGUUGAGGUGACCGAAAAUAAGGGAGAUGCGGGAAGGAGGAAAGAAAAGAGGAUGGUGAAGCCUGCAACGUCUCUUCGGUCACCAUGGGUGCAGAGGGUAUCUCAGAUUACUGCUAGGCAAAGUCAGCUGGAAAGCAUCAUAUGGAAUUGGGUACAUAGAGAAAAAGCAAGGCAUUCAGCUGAUGAUUCUGAUGAAGAAGAGGAUUUUGAAGUGGUUUUUAAGUGGAGACAAAUUGAAUGUUUCUUACUGGCUUUCAAGACUUUCCUUCCUGAUGAGGACAUUGAGGCAAAUUUAAUCAGCAUUUGGUCCAAUAUUUUGAACAACAGAGAAAAAAUGAAGUCGGAAAAUUCUCCUCUUAGAUUCUUCUGCAAUGUUGAGACAACCUUUUGCAACAUUCAUCACACAGAUGAGGCCAAUGAUGAAUUGAGAUACAGUCGUUUUGCUUCCCGGAUGGAUGAGCAACUUGCUCUGUAUCCACAUAUGAAGUUUAAUGAGAUUGAUAUGGUCUUCUUCCCCAUAAAUGCGUUUGAGCAUUUCUACAUUGUGUGCUAUGGGCUAAAGAAUCCAAGUAUGGAGCUGAUUGACAAUAGCAAAAACUGCCCAGACUACAAGGAAAAAUACCAAGAUCGUCCUGAGGGUUUAAUUCACUCCAGUGAAAGCAGAUUCACUCUAGUGAAUGCAGAUUCACUACUGUGA